GUCUCCCGCCAUAUUCACGCACAGCUAAUUAUAUAUCCUCCGCCGCCGUAGUCGAGUGAUAAACGCCCAAUCAUUCAACCGAUCCAUCCGAAUCCAAACCCAAAGAAAAUCCAAGAAUUAGACUCGCCGGAAAAGAAAGAAGAAGAGAGAAAAUGGUACUCCGAAUAAAGGUGGUGGACGCAGAGAGCCUGAGAGAAACGGCGCACGCGGCGACGCCGGAGAUAUCUCCGAUGGUGAUACUGAUCUGGGCCCCCGACUACCUCGCCGUCCAGUCCAUGAUCACGGCCAAGUGCGGGCCCGGCGGCGGCGAAGAUGACGGAGUCGGAGAGAACUUCUCGACCCUCCUGAAGAUGGACCCGCGCGGCUUCGCCGCCUUCCAGUCGACGGACGAGCUCUUCAACGCGGUGGUUGAGGCCGUUGACCUCCACGCCGUCUUUGCCAUGGCCCACGACUCCGACACCAUCGAGUUCUCCCAGUCUCUUGAGGUGGAUAACGGCCUCAACGAAUUCGGUUAUUUGCGGGCCCGCUUCGACCGCCCCGUGGGAGGGUACAUGGAGGAUUAUUUGUCGUUGAAGAUAUAUGGGAAAUGUCCGGCUGACAUGCUGAAAAUAGCUGAUAUAACCAGGGACCCAUCCGUCAUUCCACGCCUCCCUUUGGCUAGGCUCAAUGCCCGCAUCUUCUACAAUGCCACCACUCUUGUUUCAGCCUUUUCAGACUCCAUUGAAAUAAGCGUAAAGAAAGAUUCAGUCUCUUUGACUCCAGUGAAGAAGAAAACCAAUCCACUCAUUCUCAACCGAGAGUAUGGGGUGAUAUCAACUAGGGAAGAUAUUGGAGACGGCGGCGUGGUGGAGGAGGUGAGGGUGACGGUGAACAUGGCGUACAUGAAUAUCCGGCCGGUGACGGGGAUCGCCGCCGGUGAGGUUUGGCUGUACAAGCGGGCGGAGGAUGUGGCGCUGCUGUGGUUUCCGCUAGAUGCUGUGGAUGAGGUGGACGACACAAAGUUAAUAAAGGGAGACAUUAUCUACUACCUCUACUGAUUCAUCCAUUUUAAUUGAAUUUUAGCAAAUUAAAUUUUGUCCGUAACUCCCUCCGUCCCAAAAAGUCUUUCCUGUUUCAUUUUUUGCGCAUCCCAUAAAACACUUCUAUCCCGCCUUGAAUGCCAAAAAAACUUUCAAAAUAACUUCUACACACAAUAAAGAAGAAAUGUUGUAAAUUUUA